CCAUGAAAACUCUAUCUCUAAAACCCUAGCCAGACAAGGAAGCUCGACUCUGAAAUCUGAGCCCUUUCAUCUUUCCAACUAAAAGGAAAAACCCUAAGAAGAACAGGAAAGAAAAAACAGCAGCGACUAGCAAGGACGACGGUCGUCUGCUAUUGUUCAUCAACUGAUUGAAAAAACAGAAAAGACUUAGGAGACCAUGGGAGGAGGAGGCGGAGCGGCUGAAGCCGACCACAACCUCGUCUUCUUCCCUUACUUAUUUGACCUGUGAUGUCAAGUAUUCCUGGGCUACUGUUCUGAGGAUAAAUCCUAUAUUAGCGUGAAAUGGUUGUGCUCAAGAAACAAUCAACCUUGUUUGAAGGUGAUACAGUGGACAUGGAUGAUGUCAAUGGUGAAGCAUCUGAAUCUGAAUCUGAAUCUGAACCUGAACCUGAACCUGAACCUGAAUCAGAAUCUGAAGAUGAAGAUGUGAUGUUGACUGAACCUUCUAAGACCUCCAUAAACAACCAUGAUGGUCUCCUUGAGAAGCUUGCGGAUAUUAGCUGGCCAGAUGAUGUGGAAUGGAUUCACAAGCUCUCCAUUGAUAUUGAUCAAGAGCAAAAGGUUGAUGUGAAUGAUGACCUUGCCCGUGAGCUCGCUUUCUACACUCAAGCACUGGAGGGAACUAGACAGGCCUUUGGGAAGCUGCAAUCGAUGGGGCUCCCUUUUCUCAGGCCACCAGACUACUAUGCAGAGAUGGUAAAGACUGAUACCCACAUGGAGAAGGUGAAAGGCAGGCUCUUGGUGGCGAAGAGAAGGAUUGAAGAGGCUGAAGAGAGAAGAAAAGCUAGGGAAGCAAAGAAAAUAGCUAAAGAGGUUCAGUCUCAGAAACUCAAAGAGAGAUCUAAGCAGAAGAAAGAGGAGAUUGAAUCAGUUAAGAAGUGGAGGAAACAAAGACAACAGAGUGGGUUUGCCAGUGGAGACAAAGAUGGCGAAAUGGCUUUUUCAUUUGAAGAUGGGAAGGUUUUUGAAAGGUCAAAUAAGAGGAGGCCUGGGGUGGCACCUGGAGAUAGAUCAGGAGGAAGGGCUGGGCAUCGUGGUGGCAUGGGAAAGAAGGGUGGGGACAAAAAGGGGAAGGGCAGAGACUUUAAGAAUUCCAAAUUUGGAUUUGGAGGAAGGAAAGGUAUGAAGAAGCAGAAUACAGCUGAUACAACAAAUGAACUGAGAGGCUUCCACAAAGGGAAUACUUCAGGAAAUAAGAAAAGGAAAAGGUGAUCAACCGAACAACAAAAGGAAAUAGUUGAUCAGUUUUCAUUGAAGGUCAUACAAUUGAAGAAUGUUUCCAAGGCCAUGUUGAAGAUUUGAUUCGCUGUAGCUUAAUUUUUCUAAUGUUCUGAAUUACUCGUACCUUAUGGAGCAUGUUGGGCAUCGAUUUUCCUUCUGGUUACUUUUUGGUCCUCACAUUUCUUGAACUUGCUUGUUACCAUUAUUUUUUCGUGUUUUUCUGAUUAAUUACUCAGUUGAACUGUUGACCCCUCUGGUGUAACCUAAGAGUCAUAAAAAAAUAGGUGAUUGUUGAUUGCUGUUUUGAA